CCCAAAUUUCCAUUUUCCAAAACCAAGCCCUUUAGUCUUUUUAGAAUUCACAUCUGAGUCGCCGGUUGCCGCCUGCCGCCCCUCUUCCGUCGUCCUCGCCGUGCUCAGGUUGUUGAUACUUGAUUGAUCUUUCAGAGGGAUCAGUAGAUGGUUACUGGAAUUCAGAAAUGAGUUUGAUGAUUUCGCGACUGAGGCAUCAUUUGCCUGCUGUACUCUUGAAACAAUCUGUUCGAUCCAAUGUGUCUGACUCCAAUUUUGUUACCUCAACUGUUUUUACUCGACACUUCUCUCAACAAGUAGAGAUUAACCAGAGAAAGCUUCCAGCCGAUUAUGAUCCUGCUACUUUUGAUCCUACUGAGCAUCGUAGUCCUCCAUCAGAAAGGGUAUGGAGGCUCGUUGAUGAAGUAUCAGGACUUACCCUGGUCGAAGUUGCAGAAGUAUCUUCGAUUAUUAUGAAGAGGUUGGGCAUGACAGAGCGGCCAACGGUUGGAGUUAUGAAGGCAGGGGCUGCUGGAUUGGCAGCAGCUAUGAAGGGACCAGAAGCAGCGAAGGAGGAAAAGAAACCGGAGAAAACUGUUUUUGAACUUAAACUGGAGUCAUACGAGUCCUCUCAAAAGAUAAAGAUAAUCAAAGAGGUCCGCAGUUGUACUGAUUUGGGACUCAAGGAAGCGAAGGACUUAGUUGAGAAGAUUCCUUCUGUUUUCAAGAAGGGAGUAUCAAAGGAAGAAGCGGAACAAAUAAUUGACAAGAUGAAAGCUGUUGGAGCAAAAGUUGUUAUGGAAUGAUAUCGGGUUCUGGGUCAUGGUGUGUUGCCCGGAUCCUUUCACCAAACGCACGAACCUCAAGAUGAUGAAGACUCUCCCUCUUCGAGAAAAAGAAUGGAUGAGAAUCGAAGAUCUAGACAAGAUAUGCACCUCUUCAGGAAUGAAAUUAAAAGUCGAUCAACUUUUCAUUUAGUAGUUUGGCCUAAACUCCUUUGAUGACUAAAUGCGUUUCUAUAGUCCCAUAUUUAAUAAUGCCCAUGUUUUUUGAAACUAAAUUAUGCUUCAUUAGGCUAUUAUGCAGUUUUAUAGUCUACAUAUGUUCUUUGCAGAAUACUUAGGCUUGACAUUAUUCCUUAUGCAGAACCCCUUGCCUGCAACAGCAGGGGUUGGCCUUUUGA